AUGGAACAAGACGCCAAAUCAUCGUGGAAACAACUCUUCGCUUUUACUAAAAAGUCACACACCGGAGCGCUCAUUUCUGCUCUAAUAGCUGCAGCAUUCUCGGCAGCUUUCAAAACCGUCCUCGCUGUCAUCCUUGGAAAGAUCUUCGAUAUCAUCGCUGGUUUUGGCAAUGGCACAUAUGACGGGGAUGAAGCCCUCACCCUAGUUUCAGACUGGGCUUUUGUCCUUCUCGGAAUGGGGAUUGGGAAUUGGCUCGCAAGUACAGCCUUUCUAGCGCUCUGGGUCAUAUUUGGAGAGUUGCAGGCUUGCAGUGUCAGGCGGGAAAUCUUUACGAGUCUUCUCUCCAAAGACAUGGCCUGGUUCGAUGCCCAAUCCGAAGGCAUAUCAAGUCUUCUUAUCAGAAUACAGACACAAACUCGUGAACUGCAGCUUGCAUCUUCCCAAGUCCUCGGUCUUCUCGUUGGCGACAUCAUCACUUCCUUCGCUUCUCUAGGCAUCGCGCUUUAUUACUCCUGGAAACUCACCCUCGUCCUUCUCGCCACUCUCCCAAUCUCAGCCAUUGUCCUCUCGUUUGCGACCAAGCGUUUGGAGCCCGCUAUCCAAACCCAGAAACGGGAACUGGCUGUGGCCUCAAAGUUCGCCGUCGCAUCUAUCACAGCAAUCGAUCUCGUCAAGGUCUUCAACGGAUAUGACCAGGAAGUCUGGCAGUACUACCCAUCCAUCAAAGCCGCGGCAAAGCAGUACCUUGUCCAAGCCCAGUGCAAUGCCCUCCAGAUGGGCUAUGUCGCUUUCUGGGUUGUAGCCAUGUUUGUCCUGGGAUUCUGGUACGGUGUGGUACUCGUCAACAACGAUGGUCUUGCUGCCGGAAGUGUCCUGACGACUUUCUAUUCUACACUUGCAGCCUUUCAAGGCAUUGAAGCUCUGAUGCCGCAGUGGUUGGUACUCGCUAAGGGAAUGUCGGCUGGUGGAUUUCUCUCUAGUAUUACCCGUAACAUGAGAAAUGGUGGCACUGUCAAGCCCAUGGCUGGCGCCUUACGACCCAGAUUCUGCAGUGGCGACAUCGAGCUGAAGAAUGUGAGCUUUGCAUACCCUUUGAAUCCCACGGUCAAAGUCCUCAAAGAAUCGAACUUCUUCUUUCCAUCUGGCGAAAUAACCUUUAUUGUCGGGCGAAGCGGUUCCGGAAAGAGCACACUCGGUAACCUCAUCGUCGGUUUCUACGAGCCCCUGAGAGGACAGGUCCAUGUCGACGGCCGACCUUUGCAGAUACUCGACAGACAAUGGGUCCGUGAAAACAUUACCUUGAUCCAGCAGUCAAGUGUUUUGUUCAACGAAUCGUUCUAUAAGAACGUAGCAUUCGGCCACCAAUGCCCUGACAGAGCAACACGAUCUGAGGUGAUGGGUGCCUGUGAUGCAGCGCUGCUCCAGUCAACACUCGCCACACUUCCCGAGGGACUUGAAACCAAUGUUGGUGCUGACGGAUACAACUUGAGUGGUGGCCAGAAGCAGAGACUGGCACUUGCUAGAGCCAGACUCCGAGAUCCUCCUGUCCUCAUCCUUGAUGAGAUCACAAGCGGCCUCGAUCAGGUCAGUAGGACUCUCAUCAUGGAUGCAAUUCGUGCAUGGCGACGAGGCAAGACAACCAUCAUCAUUACCCACGAUGUUGCUCAGAUCGACGAUAACGACUUCGUCUAUGUGAUGGACAACGCAGCUCUUGUGCAAGAAGGUUUCAGGAAGGAUCUUGCCAAGCAAGGUGGUAAAACAUUUGCCACUCUUGCAUCCACAGCACAGGAUACUCCAGAUAUCGAAAUCACCAUCGACUCCCCAAUCUCCCCCACCUCGCCCCUUUCUCCAUUAUUCCCACGACCACCAGUGAGAGCAUCUCGACUUUCGCGAAUGCUCGUCGGAGAGUUGGAGUCCUUCAGCCCGGCCCCUGCAAGAGCGUCACAACACAUGACUCUUGGCACCAACGCAGCAGCAGCUUUUCGUAUAAGAACAGCUCGGGCAUGGGAUAUGGAAACAUUUUAUGAACAAGAGCGCCCAGCAACGGCCGCCAGCCACUGGCCUAUGGGUGACUUUUAUGACGAAAAGUAUAAUAGCGCUCUCAGAAGCCGAAGUAGCCUGGACGGCUUUGAGACAUCGUGUACUCUAAGGCCACUCGAUGAGCCAGAGUACCUCUUUGGUGGAUCAGAACGUCCAAAGAGCAUCACAAGACUUCGACAAGCAAGAUUGACCGACAAGGUAGAGGAUAAGGAUGACGAGACUAGGGAACUCCCUCCACCCAUGUCUCUUGUUGCAAUCUUGAAGACUGUUUGGCCAGCUAUCGGCCGGGGCCAUCGGUUUCUCCUUAUACUUGGAGUGAUUACCUGCUUGAUUGGCGCUGGCUCUAUCCCUGCAUUUGCAUACUGCUUUGCGCAGCUCCUCGGCGCAAUGUGGUCUCAAGGCGACAAGCUAGCAGAAGGCAAGAAAUGGGCCAUCUUUCUCAGUGUUAUCGCUGUUGUCGACGGAGUUUGUACCGGCGGUGGUCGCUAUCUGCUUGAAAUGGUUGGCCAAGCAUGGAUCAAUACCAUCCGUGUGGAAGCCCUGAAACGAAUCCUUCGACAGCCAAGAUCUUGGUUCGACCGAUCGCGCAACUCUCCUGGCCGAAUCAACGAAUGUCUUGACCGAAACGCUGAAGAGAUGCGUAACAUUGUGGGUCGAUUUGUACCCAUCCUCAUCACAGUCACCGUCAUGAUCGUUGCCGCUAUUGUGUGGGCACUCGUCAUAUCCUGGAAGCUAACCCUCGUCACCCUCGCACCGCUACCUGUCGUUAUGGGCGCAGUUAAAGGCUAUACCAUUAUCAGCGGUAAGUGGGAGGCGCGUUGCAAUGAAGGAGCUGAGGAAGCCAGCGCUGCUCUGACCGAGAUAUUUCUCAACAUCCGAGUCGUUCGAGCUCUCACGUUAGAGAACUACAUGAGUGAAAAGUACCUCAGAGCAGUAGCACAUACCCUGGGCCUGGGCAAGAAGAGAGCCGGACGUACAAGCGCAUUCUUUGGUCUUUACCAGUCAGUGAACUACCCCCUUACAGCGCUGGUGUUCUAUUACGGAACUGUGCUUUUGGCCUCGGAGAAGGCGAUUACACCAACCUCUGUCGUAGCAGUGGUCAACCUUCUUCUGUUUAGCAUGGGCACAGCGACGAGUAUUCUUAGUACGAUACCUCAAGUCACCAUGGCCCAGUCCACUGCCGCACAGAUGUUGAAGUAUGCCAACAUGCCGCUGACACCACCAAGCGAGGCUGGCGGACAACAGAAGCCGAAAUCACCGCUUCCAGUACGACUAGACGAUCUUGGCUUCUCCUACAAGCCAAAUUCGCGACCUGUCCUCAGAGGCGUGUCGUUUGAGGUCAAUGCUGGCGACUGUCUAGCUAUUGUCGGUAGCUCUGGCUGCGGCAAGUCCACAGUCAUCUCGCUGAUGCUGGGUCUUUAUACCCCUUCGCGAGCCUCCAUACUCAGCACGGAAUCGCCACUGACAUUUGCUGGUAUUUCUCACUCCGACAUCGACAUUGAGCAUCUUCGGUCGAUGAUGGCAUACGUCCCACAAACACCAUUCCUAUUCCCAGCCACCAUCGCAGAGAAUAUCACAUAUGGCCUCAAUGAACUAUCACCACAGCGUCACUUCCCCAACGUCAUUGCUGCUGCAAAGGCAGCUGGCCUUCACGAGUACAUCUCAUCUCUCCCAGAUGGCUACAACACCCACGUUGGCGACGGAGGCCAAGCUCUCUCAGGCGGCCAAGCACAGCGUCUCAGUAUCGCACGCGCACUAGUCCGCAAGCCAAGACUUCUUGUGCUUGACGAGCCAACAAGCGCACUGGAUGCGGAAAGCGCAGAGAUGAUCAGGCACACAAUGCGGCGAAUCGCGGGCAAGUCAAAGAGGGAGAUGGCGAUCGUUGUGGUAACGCACAGCAAGGAAAUGAUGGCGAUUGCGGAUCGCAUUGUUGUGCUGGAGGAUGGUAUCAAGGUUGAGGAGGGAACAUAUCAUGAGUUGGUGCAGGCCAGGGGUGCAUUUGCGCAGGUGAUUGGAGAGGGGGGAUGGGAAGGGAAGGAGUACAAUUAG